CCCAUUAGUCAUGUCAAGAAGAUCCAUUAGGCUAAUGAGGGUUAAUUGAUUCACUAAAUUUAAUCUUAUGUACCAGCUUUUCAUCAUCCCUGACCUGGGAAAGACCUGAAGUAGGUGGGGUGGUAGGGAAAUACCUAAAUGCUUAAAUAAAUACAUAAUUAUUCCCAUUUCAGCUAGGUUUUUUUUGUUGGAUUUUUUUUUAUGCAGCUGGGAAAACCUGAGUCAGUAAUUAACUGCUAUGUACCUUCUCUACACAGCAAAACUGAAUUAAAUGUCUUAACAUGAUUCUGUGUUCAGACUAACUGCACCGUUCUUGACUUUUUGUUUGUUUUUCAUGUUUUUCAUGUUACUACUUGACAGUUGGAGAAACCUUUAAAUAUCCCAGAAGAUGGUGGAAGCAGUACUGAUAGAUCUGUUCAGCCUCCCAACCAACUUGCAGAACAACAUACAAGGAUUACUGCACAAUACUCUGGAAGCUAUUGAGAAGUGCUCUUCCAUUCAUGCUCCAUGUGUUUAUGUCAUGUGUUGCCAGAAGCAGGGGAGUGAAAGGAAAGGUGAACAAGAGUUCUUGCUUCCAGCUCUGAGAAGUUUUCAGAGUCUGAAGAGAAAACUGGAGGUGGUAUAUGCUCAAACUACAGCUGCUGCUUUAUACACCAUCAAACAGAGACUGGAUGAAAAACAAGUGAGCAUCAUUAAAGUUAUUCUGCCUACCUUAAGAAAAGACUCAAUGAAAGUAUAUAUAGACCAUCUCUUUACAGCAGUCUACCAGUUUGAAUUCGAGGAUUUACAGGUGGUGUCUGACUGUGAAAAGCUGCAGAUAUCUGAACAUCAGAAUGAAGGGCAAACGCUUCCUUCAAAGGAUGUGGCACUCAUCCGAAGUGAGAUUCAGAGGUACUUGGAAAGCCUGCCAAGCCUGAAAGGGGAGCUCACCAUCCUCAGAUCUUCCCUGAUCCCAGGUGAUAUUUUCUUACAUGGGUUCACCACAAGGACAGGUGGGAUCUCCUACAUACCAACUCUAAGCUCCUGCAAUCUCUUCAGCAGCUCCAAGCGGAGAGACCCACAACUUGUUGUAAUAGAAAAUCUCCGCCGGCUAGCUAGGGCUGCAGGAUUUAACCCAGAGGCUUUUCACAGAGUCAAGGUAGAUCAUGCUAAUGCUGUGUGUAUUAUGGGGAAAACAGAGCCUGACAACUAUGAUGGAAUAGUUACGAAUCAGAAGGGUGUCACGCUGGCAGCUCCAGGUGCUGACUGUAUCCCUGUGCUGUUUGCUGAUCCUGUCAGAAGAGCCUGUGGUGCUGCUCAUUCUGGAUGGAAGGGCACAUUGUUAGGAGUGUCUAUGGCCACAGUGAAUGCUAUGGUAUCUGAAUAUGGCUGUAAUGUGAAAGAUAUCCUUGUGGUGCUGGGCCCAUCUGUGGGACCUUGCUGCUAUAAACUUCCUCAUGAAUCAGCAAAAGAAUUUCACAGAAUUGAUCCAAAGUGUGUGAGACUAUUUGACUCUCCAAGUCCUUACAUUGAUAUCAGAAGAGCAACGAGGAUUCUUCUUGAGAGAGGUGGGAUUCUUCCUGAGAACAUCCAAGAUGAUUCUAUCACAGACCAGAACCAAAACAUCACUUUCUGUACUGCAUGCCACCCGGAUAAAUUUUACUCUCACUUUCGUGAUGGCACUAACUUUGGGACACAGAUUGGCUUCAUAUCAAUCAAAGACUGAGACAGUAUCUCUUACUCUAGAACAGCAUUUAGAUAAUAAGUCUGCUGCAUUGUCUGGCAUCUGCUGUCCUCAUAGAAGAUCUUACUCCUUUCUUCCACAGACUUGCAGCAGAGAAUCCAU